GGGCGGGCGAGCCGCUCCCUUAAAGCUCGGCCGCGGGCGCGGCGCGCACUCGUCUGGCACCAGCCGGGGCCGCGCCCGGGACCUCAUUCGGGACCUCGGUUUCCGUUUGCGUGGGGCUCGCAGCUGCCACCGCUUUCCCGCGGAGCAUGGGGCUGCCUCGCCGGGCAGGGGACGCGGCGGAGCUGCGCAAGAGCCUGAAGCCGCUGCUGGAGAAGCGCCGGCGCGCGCGCAUCAACCAGAGCCUGAGCCAGCUUAAGGGGCUCAUCCUGCCGCUGCUGGGCCGGGAGAACUCCAACUGCUCGAAGCUAGAGAAGGCAGACGUCCUGGAAAUGACCGUGCGCUUCCUGCAGGAGCUGCCUGCGUCCUCAUGGCCCACGGCAGCGCCCCUGCCUUGCGACAGCUACCGCGAGGGCUACAGCGCCUGUGUGGCGCGCCUGGCCCGCGUGCUGCCCGCCUGCCGUGUCCUGGAGCCCGCCGUGAGCGCGCGCCUGCUGGAGCACCUGUGGCGGAGAGCGGCCAGCGCCACCCUGGACGGCGGGCGCGCUGGGGAUUCCAGCGGCCCGUCUGCCCCCGCCCCAGCGCCCGCGUCUGCCCCAGAGCCCGCAUCCGCUCCGGUGCCCUCGCCGCCCUCGCCUCCCUGCGGCCCUGGCCUCUGGCGGCCGUGGUAGCCCCUCGGCCGAUCCACAGACCCUGCCCACUGCUUGGGACCUUGGGGCACUGGACAGGUUGAAGCUCUUGGUGGCGGCUGCUGUUCCCAUCAUUAGGGGCCAGCCCAGUACCCACACCCAGGCCGGAAGCCGGAUGUUUGUGACUGGCGUGGCAGACUGAAAGCCCUGGGGCUGGGGCUCGGCUCAGGGAAUAAAAGGAGCGUCCCUGCUUCACCCCCAACUUGGCCGGAGAAGAAAGGACAAGAGGCAGCAGGGUGAAGAAGAAGCCCCCCAUCCCAGCUGGUGGAGAUAGUUCUGGAACUGGACCCCGCAGCUGCGUGGGCAGCCGACACACCCACCCCAGCACUGGCACCAGACCAGAGCCAGAGCCAGGACCUGGGCAAAGUGCAGCCGUGCACCCUGCCUGGUCACUGCUCUCCCAGCCCUGCCUGGGCCUACCUCCUGCCCAGCUCAGCUUGGGACCCUCUGGGCAUGCAGCAGCAGUGGCCUAAGGGCUCUGGUCACUUCCAGGGCUCUACAGGGCAGCAGAGCAGAGCAAAAGGGUGCAUAGGCUGGGAGCUGUCACCUCCACUCCUAGGCUUUUCUGCCUAGAGCAGAAUUAUAGGGGCAGUAUACAUCCAGGGGUCUGUGUGGUGGGGCUGGGGGAUUCCUGAAGUGACUUUGGGAAGGAUUUGUUUUCCCGAGCAUCAAUUUCACACCUGGGCAUUGCACCCCAGGCUAUGCAGUCUUUCAGUGUGAGGAAGGGGCAGAACAAGAAUGAGGCUGCCCUGUGGCCUCAAGGAAGCUUGUGGCUUUGGAGGAUCUGACUCCAGCAGAGUCUGUGCCAAUGUGGGGUGAGCAAGGCCCCUGCCAUGGAGCAGCAGGAAUUUGAGGGAUGGAGCAGGUUAAAGAAUGGGAGACAUCUUCACUUUUUUUUUUUUUUCUUGCAAACUACUCCCUGCUACUCAUUGAGACUGGUUACUGGAAGCAACUUGUUAAGAUUUUUCUUUCUGGGUGGGUGCGGUGGCUCACGCCUGUAAUCCCAGCACUUUGGGAGGCCAAGGCGGGUGGAUCACCUGAGGUCAGGAGUUUGAGACCAGCUUGGCCAAUAUGGUGAAACCCCGUCUCUACUAAAAAUACAAAAAUUAGCUGGGUGUGGUGGCAUGUGCCAGCUACUCGGGAGGCUGAGGCAAGAGAAUCACUUGAACCUUGGAGGCUGAAGUUGCAGUGAGCCAAGAUUGAGCCAUUGCUCUCCAGCCUGGGUGACACAGCAAGACUCCGUCUCAAAAAAAAUUUUUUUUUCUUUCUUUUCCAUGGAGGCCUAGAGUCCCUGUGAAGGCUAGGAAGGGGCUGCUGAUCCCAGGAGUGCCCACAAGGAGUGGGGGGCACUGUUGGCCCAUAAUCAGGCAAACACCCAUCAUUUCAUGGGGGAUUCAUGAAAUCAUAGUCAGGCAAACACCUGUCAUUUCAUGGCUAAGCAUUUGCAGAAGGUGGAGGAUUCUCCCCCGAGUCCCCAAAUCAGCAGCCUGUGCUAGGGACCAGAGCACCGGGGGCAAGAAGACAGAACCAAUGUGGGAGUGGGGAUGGUCACUAAAUCUGACUGUGCCACACAAGCCCAUGAUGACCUUGGCACUGGUUUGGGUGGCAGGAUAUGAAGGAAGCUGUAGGCAUUAUUGAAAAAAUCAUUGUUCAGCCAACAGGGUGAGGCUCCCAGCAAGGCCGUGCCAUCUUCCCACCUCCCUGGGCCCAGAGGGUUAGACUGUAAGCUCCCAGAGGGCGAGGCUGGGGCUGAGCACGCCUCCAUGUCCCCAAGGCACAGGGUGCACAGUGGGUGCUCACUGAACAUAGUGGACUAGUGAGCAGAGGAUGAGAGGACGACCCUGUAAUGAGCCUUGGACAGUCUGGCAUUUGCCUUAACUCCCACUCCCAUGCCCUGGGAUCACUGUUGGAUAUUUACUCCAUGAGGACAAAUACUGGGGAGGUGUGGAGACGAGGAAGGUCAGGUUCCUCUUACUUUCACCCAUUGCUGAGAAUGAGCGCCUGUUGGCACUGCCUUCAUGAGCCUCCGGGAGCAGGUAACCUGCGGCCCAAGCCCGCCUAGGACUCCACAUCAGGCAGGCACAGGACUGACCCCUUGUCCCCAUAAAAACUCUCAGUACAGCUUAAACUCUGUAAGAUCUAACCAGCCAGGAGGACUCUCGCUUCCUCUCCGCCAUGCUUGCCACCUCUUGCUUCUGAGAGUCCAUCUCAGUUCGCAGUUCUGUGACUUGCAUUGACCUGGCUCCAAUCAAGCUACAACUCAAGCAGUCGGGGGAGGAGGAUUGUAGAUGGGCCAGUGACUCACAGGGUCAGGCGCUCGGGGGAGCCUGAGUCAGGAGGUCAGUGGGCCCUGGAAGGGAGGGGGCAAGCCUGGGUGGGUAAGGUUCUGGGCCCCAGGCAAGAAGGCAGAGUUUCUCCACAGGGGUGUGUGCAAGAGCUAGCUGCCCAGAAGGUCUCCGCUGGCUCUCCAAGCCGGGCUUGUGAAAUAGGAACGCCAACAUCCUCCUCCACAUGCAGUGGCAGGCACCUCCUCCUCAGGUGCCCCCCAAGCCCUAUCUGAUGGGCAAAGGUGAACGCAGGGCGGUGGGCUUUUGCUGUGCAGAGGGAGACUGAUUCAAAGGGUCAUUUAUGACCCUUCACAAGUCUCACAUCCUGCCCAAUGGCCAGGUCUUGGGAUGCUGUUGCAGGAUGGUUCUGUGACUCCAUGUGACUGUCUGAUGAUUGUCCCAGCUGGGGAAAAGGCUCCCAUGUCUCUUUCUCAUAAAACCAGUGGGCAAGGCCGGGCGCAGUGGCUCACGCCUGUAAUGCCAGCACUUUGGGAGACCAAGGUGGGCGGAUCACCUGAGGUCAGGAGUUCAAGACCAGCCUGACCAACAUGGUGAAACCCCGUCUCUACAAAAAUACGGAAAUUAGCUGGGCAUGACGGCGGGUGCCUGUAACCCCAGCUACUUGGGAGGCUGAGGAGGGAUAAUCAGUUGAACCCAGGAGGUGGAGGUUGCAGUGAGCCGAGAUCGCGCCACUGCACUCCAGCCUGGGUGACAGAGCAAGACUCCAUCUCAAAAACAAUAAAAAAAACUAGCAGGUGAAAUGAUUCAGUGGCCUAAGGACAGCCAGAGCACUAAGCUGCCGGGAACCCAUCUGUGCUGAAAUGUAGAUUUCCCAGGAAACUCAGGCUUGGGACAGGCUCCUACCUGCUCCUCGGGCACCAGGUGAUUAGGAGAGGUUGAAUCUCAUUUCCACGAGAGUGAGGAUAAAGACUGGGCUGCCAAGGAGGACUCCUCUCAUAAACAUUGACAAAUUGCUCUGCCCCACCUGUGAUCCCAGGCUCCUCCUGCAGUCUGGGAUCCUGAGUGUCCUGCGGGUUCAUCUCGGAUGGGCGCUGCAUAAACAGCCUGCAGGGAACGUCUGGGAGAACCAGCUUCACAACAGAUAUAAUAAGGAAGAAGUUUGAAAUAUUGCAAGAAUUGCGAAAGUGUGACACACAGAUACAAAGUGGGCACAUGCUCGUGGGAAAAUGUUGCCAACAGACUUGCUUGACUCGAGUUACCCCGAACCUUCAAUUUGUUUAAAAAAAAAAAAGGCAAUAUCUUGACGUGCAAUAAAGUGAACUGCAAUAAAA